ACAUAAAACAGAUUAACUAUUUUGGCCGGAUAUGGUCGGUUUAAAUACUAAAGGGUUAAAGACUAAAAGAAUAUAUACACCAGUGGUUUUCAACCCUUUAAAAAAAUUUUUUUUUAUGGGUGCCUUUGAUGACUAUUCUUUUCUGGUGAACCAAUAUAGCCUUUUGAUGUUUAGAAACCACUUUUGUAGUUCCUUCCUUCAAAAUCCCUAUUUUGUUCCUCACCCAUUAACUUGUGGAGGUUGAACCAUGUAAAACGUUAGAGAAAGAAACUUAACUGUUUCUUGCCAUAAAUACAUUUAAGAAAUUUUUUUUUUUCAUGAAUCCUUAAAAUACUACCAUAGAUCCCCAAUUUACUGUUUUGCUUGUGUAGGCCCCCUUUGAUUUCUAUUCUAUUCUGGUGGACCCCUAUAGCCAUUUAUUGUUUAAAAACUUGUUUUCUAGAAAACUUCUUUCAAAAUUCCUGUUUUGUUUCCCACACACGAACUUGUGUAGAUUGAACUCUGUAAAACUUUUUUUCUUACAAUAAAUACAUCUGAAGAAAUAUUUUUUCAUGGACUCUUAAGUUACCACUGUGGAUCCCUAAUUUACUAUAUUGCUUGCGUGGAUCCCUAAAAGUCUUACAAGAACCCCUGUUGAGAACCACCAAUAUACACAGAACAUAUAUAACACUGUUUUGAGAUUAUUAGCAACGUUUCUCUACUUCACUGCUUGGAAAGAUCACAAGAUGAUUUUUUUGCCUUCUCAAUAAAUUUGCAUUAUAAAGGAGUUUGCCAAAUGUUCAGAUAGAAUAUCAUCAUCAUCAUCAUCAUCGUUUAACGUCCGCUUUCCGUGCUAGCAUGGGUUGGACGAUUUGACUGAGGGCUGGUGAACCAGAUAGCUGCACCAGGCUUCAAUCUAGUUAUGGAAAAUGAAUUGUGUGAGAAGAAAGGUGAAUUUGAUACACAAUCUAAAAAGAUCGACUCUCCUGGUGGUAUAAGGAAAGGAAGAAGUCAAAUAUACCAGUGUGAUAUCUGUGAGAAGAUAUUUUCUCAAAAGUGUAACCUCACGAUACACAGACGUACUCAUACAGGAGACAAACCAUAUCACUGUGAGAUGUGUGGUAACUCGUUCUCUCACAAGGGUAACUUAACAUCUCACAAACGUAUUCAUACUGGAGAAAAGCCAUAUCAGUGUGAUAUCUGUGGUAAAUCCUUCUCUCAAAAAGGUCACCUAAUCACUCACCAGCUCAUUCAUACAGACGAAAAACCAUAUCACUGUGAUAUCUGUGGUAAAUCAUAUUCUCGUGAAAUUACCUUAAUAAGACACAACCGUAUUCACACAGGAGAGAAACCAUAUCAUUGUGAUGUCUGUGGUAAAUCAUUCUCACAAAAAGGCCACCUACUUACUCACCAACGGAUUCACACAGAAGGAAAACCAUUUCACUGUGACAUCUGUGGUAAAUCAUUCUCUCGUGAAAUUAACUUGACUCGGCACAAACGUAUUCAUACAGGUGAGAGGCCAUUUCAGUGUGAUGUCUGUGGUAAAUCCUUCUCUGAAUGUGGUGUGUUAACUUUACAUGUACGUAGUCAUACGGGAGAGAAACCAUAUCGCUGUGAUACCUGUGGAAAGUCAUUCUCUGGAGCAAGUACCUUAACAAAACACAAACUCACUCACAGAGGAGAGAAACCGUUUCUCUGUUACAUCUGUGGUAAAUCAUUCUCUCAAAAGAUUCACUUAACAACACAUGAAGGUGUUCAUUCAGAAAAGUAACUGUAUCAAUGUUAAAAAUAAAUUCGUAUUAAAUAAA